CUGGCCGAGGACCGGCUGGCAUCGGCCGCCGCGGCGCCUCUCCGCGCACACCCAACCCAGCGUGGGAAGCUGGCUGGCUUCGUGGCAAGAGGGAGAAAGGACUGCUCCCCGAUGGGGGGGAUUCCGGGCGAGGGUCCUGCUUUUCCCGUGGACGCCGCCUAGCUUUGGCUGAGCCCCGGCCUGACUGUUCCAGGUCCCGAGGAGGGCGGCCGAAGGAGCCGGGGCCGGCCGGCCGGCUGGCUCCGAGAAGCCAAAGUUUUCCGCGUGGAGCCAAGCCUGCUCCCCCCCCUAAGCCCGGUCGGCCGCAGGCGAACGGCUUCCUCCAGCGGCGGACCCUGGGUGUCCGGGCAGAGUUGCUCGGGAGCCGGAGGUGGAGAGGAUGGGGCUCCCUUCAGCUGCUCCUCUAGAUGGGCCAGGCCGCUAACCGGGGGCCUCUCGGCAGCCGAGUCAAUAUUUACGCCCUCGGAAGCUCCUUCCCGCUGCGGGAAAGGCACCGCGCGUCGCCGGUUCGCUUUCUUGUUUUGUUUUGUUUUUAAAUGGCUUUCGGGAGAGCUCUCCGAACCGGGCCCAGUUUGGACUCCGGGGCCGCGUCCGCCUUGGCCUCCCUUUUUUUUUCUUCUCCGGAGAACAGAGCGCAAGGAAUCUCUGUGAACAAACCAGGAUUUUUAUUUUUAUUUUUUAAAGGCUUUCUUUAAAACAAAAUCAGAAAAAAAAGCUUUCUAGUGGGAAGACUUUAAUCAGCACUACACAGAUGUGCGGUUCCUUAAAUUGCAUGAGAGGAGAGUCCACUCAUAAACCAGUGCCCUCUUCCCGAGCCACGUGGGAUCUUGCUUCAUCAGUCCACAAUGCAGAACAGUCACAGUGGCGUGAAUCAGCUCGGCGGGGUGUUUGUCAACGGGCGGCCGCUGCCAGAUUCAACCCGGCAAAAAAUCGUGGAACUGGCCCACAGCGGGGCCCGGCCGUGCGACAUCUCCCGAAUCCUGCAGACCCAUGCAGAUGCAAAAGUCCAAGUGCUGGACAAUCAAAACGUGUCGAAUGGCUGUGUGAGUAAAAUUCUGGGCAGGUAUUACGAAACUGGCUCCAUUCGACCGCGGGCCAUCGGAGGUAGCAAGCCGAGAGUAGCGACUCCAGAAGUUGUAAGCAAAAUAGCACAGUAUAAGCGGGAGUGCCCCUCGAUCUUUGCUUGGGAGAUCCGAGACAGAUUACUAUCGGAGGGGGUCUGUACCAACGAUAAUAUACCCAGCGUCUCUUCGAUCAACCGAGUCCUACGCAACCUGGCUAGCGAAAAGCAACAGAUGGGAGCAGAUGGAAUGUAUGACAAGCUAAGGAUGCUGAAUGGGCAGACAGGGACGUGGGGCACCAGGCCUGGGUGGUACCCAGGCACAUCUGUCCCAGGACAACCAACACAAGAUGGCUGUCAACAGCAAGAAGGAGGGGGUGAAAAUACCAAUUCCAUCAGUUCAAAUGGAGAAGAUUCAGAUGAGGCCCAGAUGAGACUCCAGUUGAAAAGAAAGCUGCAGAGAAAUCGGACGUCCUUUACCCAAGAACAAAUCGAAGCACUUGAGAAAGAGUUUGAGAGAACUCAUUAUCCUGAUGUGUUUGCCAGGGAGAGACUAGCUGCCAAAAUAGACCUGCCUGAAGCAAGAAUACAGGUAUGGUUUUCCAAUAGGAGGGCAAAGUGGAGACGAGAAGAGAAACUAAGAAACCAGAGAAGACAAGCCAGCAACACUCCGAGUCACAUUCCCAUCAGCAGUAGUUUUAGCACAAGUGUCUACCAGCCGAUCCCACAACCCACAACACCGGUUUCCUCUUUCACAUCAGGUUCAAUGCUGGGCAGAACAGACACCGCGCUAACAAACACAUACAGUGCUUUGCCACCCAUGCCUAGUUUCACAAUGGCUAACAACCUGCCUAUGCAACCCCCAGUACCCAGCCAGACUUCCUCUUAUUCUUGCAUGUUGCCCACAAGUCCAUCAGUAAAUGGGAGGAGCUAUGAUACAUACACCCCUCCUCAUAUGCAGACACAUAUGAACAGCCAGCCAAUGGGCACUUCUGGAACCACUUCAACAGGUCUAAUUUCUCCUGGAGUGUCAGUUCCUGUUCAAGUUCCUGGCAGUGAACCUGAUAUGUCUCAGUACUGGCCAAGGUUACAGUAAACCGUGGGCUGAUUUUGUAAAUGGCUAUAUGGACAUCAGUUGGAGGUUGAUCUGUAUUUCUAUAAGAAGAAUGGCUUUCCACAUACUUCUGUACUACAACAGCAUCCUAUGAUGUAACACAUGAGGAAAGACUUUAACAUGGACCUUUGUAUACCGAAGGAAUUAUAUCAGUUGGAACAAAUCUUCAUUUUGGUAUCCAAACUUUUAUUCAUUUUGGUGUAUUAUUUGUAAAUGGGCAUUUAUAUGUUAUAAUGAAAGAACAAUGUAGACUGAAUGGAUGUUUGCUUUUGUGUUGGUCAUGAAGGUUUUUUUUUUUAAAAGGAAGCCAUGAUCAACAACCUUUGCCAUGAAUUAAGAGUUUUAUCAAACUAUAUUGAAUAUUUCUACCAAUUUGUUCAUAGGUUCCAGACUAUGCUACAAGUCUAUAUUAUUUCACUGCAUAUAAUUCAACCGGGAACAAUUCAGAGUAUAUUUCUGUAAGGAAAAUAUCUGUUGAAAUUUCCAAAGGUUAUAAACAGAUGAUGCUUAUUUGCAAACAUAGGGUUAACUUCAAAGAAGAAAAGUUUGAUAGGAAAAGAGUAGAUUGUGUCUCUGAUAUAAUCCAAUUUGUUUUAUGUCAAAAUGUAAGUAUUUGUCUUCCCUAGAAAUCUCCCAGAAUGAUUUCUAUAAUAAAGUUAAUUUCAUUUAUAUUCAACAAGAAUAUUCUAUAGAUGUUUUACACACAUUUUCAUGCAUCAAACAUUUCUUUUUUGGUCAGCAAAAGUUAAUUGUUCUUAGCUAUAGUUGUACUACUGUUCACAGUCCAAUUAUUUUGUGCAUCUAGAAUUCAUUCCUAAUCAAUUAAAAGUGCUUGCAAGAGUUUUAAACUUAAGUGUUUUGAAGUUGUUCACAAUGACAUAUCAAAAUUAACCAUUGUUGAUUGUAAAAACCAUGCCAAAGCCUUUGUAUUUCCUUUAUUAUACUAUUUUAUUUUUAACCUAA